CCACGACCAGCUUGAGCAACAUCCACCUUUGCCAUCAGCUGGGCGCUGGGUCAUCAUCGUCCAGCUCUCUAUUCCACGUCUUCCUUUCGACCUGUUCUGGUUUCAGAGGCGAUUCCAUUUUCAUCUGUUGUUUUUCGUCGCGUUUGUGAAAGUUGUCCUGGUUUCAAAUGCAACUGCCGCCCGGCGCAUCCAGGUGACGAUUCGCUGGUCUUGGACGCAGUUUGUCUGCCUCCACAUUGAAGUUGGCGAGUCAGGCAUAAUGUCCUCUCCAGAUGUCCUGUCCAGUCUGCUGAGUUCCUUGCCGCCGCGACCGCCAACACCACCCCGCGAAGCACACCAUGAAGCUGUCGCAGCUCUGGUUAAACCUUCGCUGGGUUCUGUCGACUCCGGAUUGAGCCUGCACACCCCGCCCGGCUUCCAAUCGCCCGCCUCGUCCGUACCGACAGGCUCAACCUCGCGCCGCAUCCGAAAGAAAGUUGGGUUCUCGGCCCAGGCCGAGUACAAGGACCCUCCCGUGUACGUUGGCGGGGAGGGAGCGAGGCAGAAUCCGACUCCCGUGUCACUCCCACGAAGUGCCUCGAAACCCGUCAAGUCUAUCCUCAAGGUUACCAACCAGGUCACGAACUCUCUUGACUCGGCGGCCGGGAACGACUUCGACCCUUUGAACGCGCAAGUGAAACUAGCCGCCAUGCUGGAAUCCACACUUCAGCAGCUCGCCGGCGGCGAUCGCGACUCCAAGGUCGAUGCCUACCUGAUGCUGACACGGGCGUGGAAAGCCUCCAACAAUUUGCCAGACCGGGUGGCUCUGCAAGAGAAGAUGACGCUCUUCACCCAGUUCAUGCAGCGCGACAUCGUGGCCAAGACUCCGGAAGGCAACCUCGACACCUCCCUCGUCAACCACGCAUUGAAUUUGCUCAACACUUUCCUCCAUUUCCAUGGCAUUGCCUCGACGAUCUCCAACGACUUCGGCGUCUUCAUCAUCGACCACUGCAUCCGCUCCUUUGAGGACCCGUCCACCCCCAAGGACACUGCUCGCCGCCUCAUGCAGGUCAUUUCCCUGCAAAAUUUCUCUACCAAAGUCAUGAACUCUGACAGGGUUGGGAGGUUGGUGUCGUCCUUACACAAUAUCGAAGAGCAUCUGAAGGGGAAGAGCAUUGUCUUGUCCCGCGUUCUCACCUACCGGAAACUGGUUCAACAGUCUAGACAGUUGAUGAUCAUCCAUUCAGACUGGUUGCUCGACAUGUUCACGGACAUGCUCAGCAACUUGAGAGACAUCCGGUCGGCGGCUAUCUCUUUGGGUUUUGAAGCGGCUUUUAGUAUCGGCCACGAAAAACAGCUUUCCCGGAAGGUCAUGGAGGCAUUGAGUCUUGCGUACGAGGAUAAGCGCUAUAUUCAGUACUAUGAAGAGAGGCUCAAGGCCAUGACGAAGGACAAGCACGAAUCAGCCGCCGUUCCCGAGAUCUGGAGCGUUGUCAUCCUGCUUCUCCGUAUCCGGCUAGACAAGUGGGAGUACGCCGGUCCUUGGCUCCAAAUCAUUCAAAACUGCUUCAACAGCAGCGACUUCCCAACGAAGAUUGCUGCCAACCAUGCAUGGGGCCGACUGGUCUAUCUCAUGCACCUGGAAGAGCGAGCGUUACCAAAGAAUCUGGCAACGCUGACAACUCCUCUCGUCAGUCAGCUCAGGCGGAAGGGCACCGGAAAGACCUCGGAGGACCUGCGACAGGCAGUUUUGGGAGGCAUCCGCAAUCUCUUCUACUACGCUUUCAAGCCCGGAACAAACCCGACCCUUCUCGACACCUACUGGGACGUCAGCGUUACCCGUGUCCUCUCGAAACUGCUCGAUCAAACCGCGGAGGCGGCGGAGGACAAUCUGAAGCAGGCCAGCGCCAUUCUCACCGGUCUUUUCGACUGUAUGACACCACGAAGAUGGAGAGUGGACCAUGUCGUGGAAAGUCCGCUCGUCAGACCCGAAGAGCUACCCGCCAUCGACCCCAAAUGGAUCAGGCGCAACACCAGCAGAGUCUUUGCCGUGGUUCAGCCUAUCCUCGAGCGGGAGUUUUUCGCAAUGGGCAAUACCACUAGCGCCACUUACACCCUGUGGAAGACCCUGGUUUCCGCAGUAUCCUCAGCCGCAGCCAAGGAGAUCAAAGUUUCCAGGGAUACUGCACUCUUCGUGACCGAGGCCCUCAAUGUUUUGCAGGAAAUUUGGAAACAGGGUCUAACCAGCACGCAGGAGGCCGGGCGCAAUGCAGUUGAAUUUCUCCUGGCCGUACGAGCGUACCUGGAAGUCAUGAUUAGCUCACUUGGCCUCCUUCCGUUCACCGAGAAGGCUGGAAAGCAUCAGGGACCUUCGAAGGCACCUGUUUACACUCUUUUCUCCGUAUUGUCGGCGUUGCCACCCGGCAUUCCGGACGGUAAGGAGUUCGCGGAAUUCUUCGGCAUCGCCUUCGCCCCCUUCUUCAUUUCCAAAGGAGACAAGGCCAAACUGGACUUCGCACAGGACCUGCUCUCGGUCAUUCCGAUGGACGCCCCUCGACCCUAUGGGUCCUGGCUGCUGGUGGCUGAAAACUUCGUGAGCUGGCUCGAAUCUGGACAUGACAGCCAUCACUCGACUGGCUCUGCCGGUGAGACCCCGGUCGGCCACGAUUACCGCGACGCUGUCAAGGUCCUUGAGCGGGGCAUCAGGUCGACACCCAACCUGCCCCUGAAGCAUUGGGUGUCGCUGUUCUAUGCAACUUGUCAGCGGGUACGCGAGGAAACGGGGCACGCAGGAGUCGCCAUCGUCGUUAUUGAGCCCCUGGCGAAGGUUUUGAUCCAGCAGUCUGCAGCUGCAAGGGCUGACGACACCCAGCUCAGCUGUCUCAAGUACUUCACUGAGGUAUUAUCCGCUGCGACGCAGCCACGCGACAGGCAAGCUGUGGAUGCGGCACGGAAACGGCUCUGGGGAACGGUACUUGCUGGUUCCCGCUCGUCGACUUUCGAUACGUUCGACAACCUUUAUAAGGCGGCUAGCGAAGUUUUGUUGUUCUCGUACAAUCAUUUGCAUGCUGUUGGUACGGACAACGCCGUCCGGCUAGUCGAGGAACUUGGCGGCUUCUUCGACAGAGGCAACCAGCGACUCUUCCUGAGAGGGCUGAAUGCUCUUUACGACGGGCUUUGCCCCUGGUUUCAGGACAACGAACGGCUGCUCGGCAGCCAGACCAGCUCCGUUUUCGCUGCGACCAAAUCGUUGUGGGAUAAACUCUCCUCCUUGAUCUCCGUUAUCGAACGCCCUGAGCAGCACUUGCAAUCCCUCGAGCGUUUCUUCUGCGCCUCCUUUGCCUCGCGCCACAGUUCCGUCAUCAAUUCCGGCAUCUCGCUGUGGAACAGGCUCUUCGAGAACACCAAGCACUUGGAUUAUCCGGAAGAACUCAAGGUCGCCCUCGUGAAAAUGCAGCUUCAUGCUGACAUUGUCUUGCCCGGACUGGAGACUUCCAGCGCGGAGUAUGCCGGGCAGCAACCGUCCUUCAUUGACUCAUUCGACGACCUCAGUCUGCCAAGAUUACCCUCGACACGAUCCAGCAGCCGGAGAGAAUCCCCACGGGCGAUCUCAUCUGAGUCCAAGUCGCCUGCUCUUCGAAGGAAACUAGGGGCAACCAACCGACGCAGCACGCCGCGUCGACUCAGACAUGACGAUUCUCAGGUUCAAUUCGCAGCUAUCGCACCUUCCUCUACUCCGGGCGACCAGGCCGAGUCUCAAGUGCUGACCGAGCGCCAAAAGGAGGUCCGUGAACAACGCCAAAAUGCCACCCUCUUCCCCGAGAUCCGGUCGAGCCCGGGUGUCAAGUCGAAGCAAACUGAUCGGCAAAUGCUCCCAGUGGGACCUCGGACGCGUGAUGCCGCCACCCCUGAGCCUGAGGGAUCAUUUGACGACUUUGUCUCAUCAACGCCGACUCCUCGUCGCGGUCAACCGAUGAUCAUGCUGGAGCAUGACAUGACGGACCCGCCUUCGUCACCGCCAGAGCCAAGGGGGAACCGUUUGGCAGAGGAGAUAAGAUCCAGAUCUGCUAGCCACAGUCUGGUCGAGGAUUGGCAGUUCUCUUCUUCGCCAGUCUCCGGGUCACCAAAUCCGAACCGGCACGGUCUUGUUCCUGACCCAUCGAGCCAGCGUGGCUAUGCUAGCGCUGUGUCUCUUGACGAGGUUGAGAAGACAGAUCAACUACCUAGCGACCCGGCUGAAUCAAGCGAUAAAGCGGAACCACAUUCACCUACGGUUGAGAUAAUUGAAGAUAGCAUGGUCCUGGAGCCUCCGGAGGCAGCGCCGGUUCAAGAACCAUGCGGGACUCGAGUGGAGGAAGGUCCUUCCACCCCACGGCGCUCCCCUCGGCUUUCCCAAGUGCAGGCACAAGGGACUCCCAGCCCUAAGUCGGAUGGAGAGAUAUUCGUGGACGCGCCAAGCAGUCCUCCGCCACCCACGCCCAGGCGGUCCGAGAAGGCUGCCAAAGCGGCCGAAGGGUCGGAGGUCAUGCAAAACCCCACUACGCCUGCGGCCAAUACCUCAUUCGAUCUUAGCGAGGCCGAUGAGAACAGCCUUCUCAGACUGAUGGUUGAGUUAGACUCCGUUAAGGCCGACCGCUCAGAGUACCAUCGACCUUCACCUUCUGUCUCCCCUGACGGUAAAGGUCGGGAGCCGCCAAUUAUCGACUGCAUAGUGGUUGGCGAUAGUCCGACGAAACCCAAGGCGUCUGCGCCGUCGAGAACCAGAUCUAGCUCGGUAGCUUCUCUGAGCGCUGAAGCGGAAAACAUCUCGGGCUCGCAGCCGAAGCCCCGUGUCGGGCGCCAAAAGAGAAAGAGGACCUCCUCAAGAACACAGGAAACUACCCCGAAGAGACUUCGGCAGGAUCCAGUUAGCUCGAGCGGAGACGUACCCGACAGCCAGAUGGCGCCAGCUCAGGACCCAUGUCUUGAAGUUCAUGGGUCUGGGGAGGUGUUAGCGGCCACCACGGAAGGUCACACGAGGAGCCAGAUGGAGGAGGAGCGUAUCCCCAGCUCAUCUGCCGAGCCAAGCCCGACGACGGGGAGCAGCUCGCAAGACUCUGCGGUACUGGAAGACCGAGACGACAUACAAGUCGAGGGAGACAGCCAGGAGGUGCAGUCGCAGAUCGCACUCGAGUUCAGCGAGAGUCAACGCCAAGAGCAUGACAGCAGGGCUACAUCCGCAGCGCUCUCCGCCGAAUCUGUCUCCGUCGGGGAGCCUAUGCAAGUUGAUGUGCAACAACAGCCCAUCACCGAGUCUAUCGUUGAAGAGAGAGGAGAUGAUCCCAAUAAUUAUAGAGGCAUAAGCGCCGGGCCUGUCGUCAAUACGGCAGACGCUGUCGCCACACCUGAGCAGAGCCAGGUGCAAAAGAUAAUGGACCUGUUUCGGAGCGGCCUGGACGAAUUGCGGUUGGCGCGACUGUCGAGGCACGAGGUAUAUCAGAUCGAGGAUAUGUUUAUGGAUAUGAGGAGGGAGUUGUACGAGGCGGAAAGGCGCGGGCGAACAUAGGCAACUUCCUCUUGUGCAUGGUUACUGGCGUUCAUCGGCGAUGGUGUACGGAUACAUGGUUUAGAUUGUUGGGCGAGGCGUUUUUUUGAAGGCGUUCGGCAUAGUUUGGCGGACAAUGGAAGAGUAUGAAUGUAUACAGCGUUUUUGGAGAUCAAUACGAGCAGGAUACCGGGCUGCGGUCCAUGAUGGUUGCGCUUUCAAUCCAUCUUAUCAGCAAACUCAAACCCAUAGGCACUGUA